AUGGCCCAGGGGAGGCGAAUCCGGAACAAUCACCUGACCAGCCUCCUCGCCAAGUUGCACCAGCUGCUGUACGAUGCUGACGAUGAGCUCGACGAGAUCGAGUACCACCGCAUCCAUCAGGAUCAGGAUGCGCGAAGUCGUGACCAGCAGGCCACCAGCGGCAGCAUGGUCCACGCACCGUCAACGGCGGCCACGGCCGUACUACAUCUGCUGAGCGAUGUGGUGAGCCACCAGCCGUUGGCCUCCUCAACGUUCAGGGACAUGUUCAUGUACCCCUGGCCUUGGGGCCCGAGGAAGCGCAGAAAGCUCACAGCUGACACCAAUGCCUUGGAUCUGCCUUUGGUAGAGCUUGACUGGGGUGCUCUUGGGCGGAGGAUCAGAGAGGCCACAUCCCAGCUGCGGGUUGUCAGCGAGCAGGUGCACAGGGCGCUGCAGCUAGAGGAACUGAAGUCUAUCAGUCAGGCGGCUCACAGCCAGCUUAACAAUCGACGAUUGACGACCUCAUACCCUGCCGGAGAGCACAAGAUGUUCGGCAGAAAUGGCGAGAAGGACAGCAUCAUUGAGGUGCUCACCGACAUCAGAUGCUGCAGCCAGAGUAGGCUGCUGGUGCUCCCCGUCGUCGGCAACGGCGGCAUAGGAAAGACUACUUUGCUGCAGCACGUGUACCACGACAACAGAAUCCGGAGCUUCUUUCACACCAGGAUGUGGAUCUGUGUAUCCCACUGUCACAAUUUCAGUGUCUUGCGGCUAACGCGUGAGAUGCUGGAGGCCGACACCGCUUACAUAUUUGGUGAUGAGAAGCAUGACGGGCAUCAACAUUUACAGCCCAUUGGAAGAGAAAUUGCUAGAAAAUUGAAUGAUUAUCCCUUGGCAGCAAAAAGUGUAGGGGCAUUACUGAGGAAGGACCUGACCAUUGAACAUUGGAGUAGAAUUUUAGAGAGCAGGGCAUGGGAAGAGCAGAAUGGAACUGAUGGCAUCAUGUCUAUUCUAAGGCUUAGUUAUGAGUACCUUCCAUUUCAUCUCCAGAGGUGCUUCUCAUAUUGCUCGUUGUUUCCAAAGGGCUACCGGUUCCUUGAGAAAGAUCUGGUGCUCAUUUGGAACUCACAAGGUUUCAUUGAUACUCGAUUGGAUAGGAAGCCAGAAGAAGUUGGUCAUGAAUAUAUGAACCACUUGGUGUGUUUGGGGUUCUUUCAGAAGGAGGUCAAUCCAGCAAAUUGUGAAACCUGGUACCUUAUGCAUGAUAUAAUACAUGACUUGGCAAUUAAUGUAUCUUCACAAUAUUGCUUGACUAUUGAUCGCAUCUCCAUGUUCAAUAUGCACCGCACCCAUCAGCAACCAUUCGUCAUAUGUCCAUAA